UGGUUUUUGCAGAAGAGCGCUCAUGUGGUUUCCAUCGAUGGGCAUCAAGAUGUUCCUGCAAAUGACGAGAACUCUUUGCUGAAAGCAGUGGCGAAUCAGCCCGUCUCAAUUGCCAUUGAAGCAAGCGGCUUCGGCUUCCAGUUCUACUCCGAGGGAGUUUUCACCGGCAGGUGUGGCACAGAUUUGGAUCAUGGAGUCGCCAUCGUCGGGUACGGGAAAACACAGCAGGGAACUAAGUACUGGAUUGUGAGGAACUCAUGGGGAGCAGAUUGGGGAGAAGGAGGCUACAUAAGGAUGCAU